AUGCAAGAUUCAAAUUUACAAUCUGAUAUGUUAGGAUUGGAUCGUCAAUUCGAAUGCCCGAUAUGUUUAUCAUGUUUGAAAGAACCCGUUCUGACAUCUUGCGGUCAUAGAUUUUGUUCGAGUUGUUUAAAUUUAUGGUUGGAAAGCAAAGGAGAAUCAUGUCCCGUCGAUGGUGGAAUAUUAAAUAAAAAAUUAGAUUUGUUUCCGGAUCAUUUCACUAGGAGAGAAAUAUUAAAUCGUACGACGAUUUGCAAAUUGUGUAAAUUAGAAAUAGGAUUAAGCGAAAUGGACGAACACGUAUCGAGUCAUCAUCAUCAUAGUAGCAGGGCGUCAAAAAAGGUUUCGGAGGAUAACGGAAAAGGAUGUUGUCCGUUCGGAACGUUCGGAUGUGACGUAGACGUAACGGAAAACACAUUGAAAGACCAUCUCGAAAAAGAUUUGAAUUUACAUUUGAAUCUCGUUGCGAAUUCGCAUUUAAAUCUGAGGGAAAAAUUAUUAAAAAAUACCGACAAGAUGUCGGACGACGUGCUAGCUCAAGAGUCACUCAUGUGGGAACCACAGGAAAAGGGUAAAGACCGUCAAAAUGCUUCAUUGAUGAGAGCACUCUACGAGAGAGUCGUCGUUUUGGAACAAAGGUGUCACGAACAAAAUGCUCAAAUGGAAAAAUUAAAGGGACGUCUCGAGGAAUCCAACGAUAGGAUACGCGAGGUGUCGCUACGUCACGCUUGCGGUCAGUACUUGUGGAGGAUAGACGAUUUCGGGAAGAAAAUCGGGAGCAUGAAAUCCGGUGACAAGAGAGUUUUUUUCAGCGAGGGUUUUUACACGUCGCCGAACGGUUAUAAAAUAUGCGGGAGAAUAAAUUUGUCGCCGGUCGACAGCGACAUGUUGUCACUUUUGAUACACAUAAUGCAGACGCCUCACGAUCACACCCUGGUUUGGCCGUUCACCGGAAGAAUACAAUUUGCCAUAGUUCAUCCGACGGAUUCGAAAUUGACGAUAGCGGAAACGAUAAUGUCCCGACCGGAUUUGGAUUCGUUUAAAAAACCCGCGAGAGAUAUAAACACGAAAGCGUUCGGGUACCCGCAAUUCAUAUCGAUCAAUAAAAUAUUCAACAACGGGUAUUUGAUCGACGAUUCUCUCAUCGUCAAGUUACACGUUCAAGAAGCUGAUAAAAAACUUAACGUAAGAAACUACUCCGUCCGUAUGUUUAGCAAUCGAUGCGUUUCAUUUAUUUAA